UGCGCCACCCCGCGAUCCACAGCACAGCACAGACCGCUGAUCCAGCUGUGCAAAGCACUCAAAAAAAAAGUAUAUGAAAAGUAUACAUCAAAACUUUUUGCAAAUUAUAUAAUGUUAUUCAAAUAUAUCUAGACCUUGACAUAAAUCGAAAAGAUGUCAUAUGUAAACAGGUUUAUUGCCAUUACGAUUUGAAUGUUUCCAUUGGGCACAUUUAUUUAUCACGGUAUCAGGAUAUUCCUUUUAUAAUAUAUAUAUUUACCAAAAUAAAUAAUAAAAAAUGUCACUAAUAAAUAAUAGUUUAAAAACAGUUGAAUUAACCUGAAAAUGUUGCUUAUCCACAUUAAAAACUUUGGGGUUUCUUUCGAAUGUUAUGGUUAUUAUUUUAUUAGAUUUUAAAAUUAUUAUUAUAAAAUUAUUAUGGUAAACUUAAAAUGAUUAGGUUUAUUGUGUUCAUCAUAAACUUAUAAAAUCAUAGAUAUUUUAAAUACAAAUAAUAAUUAUUUUGAGUGCAGUUGCUUAUCGCACUCAUUCGUUAUUAUCAGUUAUCUUUAUGGUGGGUCCCCGACAUUGUUCUUGGGCAGCCGUUUUGUGAGCUGACUAUUCUUGGCCAGCCAGAAAGUAUCGACCGAGAUAAACCCACUUACUUAUUUAUUAAUACGCACGGUAUCAGAGUGUACUGUAAAUAUUUAUUGCUGGAUGCUUAAGUCUUGGAAUUUUCUUGAAUUCUUUAAAAUCAAUUUACACCCACUACCAUUUAAUAGGAACUUAAUAAAUAAAUAUUGAAAUAAACAAAGAGUGAGUUGCUAAGUCUUGAUAUGAAAUGCUCAAAUAUAUUUCAUUACAUUUCCGUUUAAAAAAAAAAAGAAAAAUUCAACAAAUUAGAAAAAAGUGAAGUUUGGUUUGAAACUUGAAUAAAUGUGUGGAUUCCAUUUGGAUCAAGAUAAAAUUAUUAUUUACGAGGCAGAAAUUGUUGCAUACCUUCAGGGUUAAAAGAUCAGGUGAUGAAGUAAAUGUAAAAUACAUAAAAUCCACAAGUAAAACAUAAUAUACAGUAGUUUAAAAACAAAAAAUUAAAUAAUAUAGUUCACUUAAAAUGUGUUAGUAGAGUAAACUUGUUAAAAAUAACAAAGUUUUGUAAACUACAUGAAGUGAAUUAAAAAUGUAAAAAAAUAAGAACCAGUUUGAACUAAAUACAGGCAUCAACUCUUCCAAAAAUCUGUCGGCUUCAUUUGUCAAAAUUUCUACAAAAUUUUUUCCACUACCUAUUAGCAUUGAGAGAAAGAACUAGCAAAGCCGAAAUGGAAUCACCAAUAAUACACAACCUAAAAAAGGCUGAAGAAUUCAAGCAGUUUGAUGUGACAUACUUUCUGAUUAUCUACGCUUGCGUUGUCCUAAUGGUCCUGGGCGUUCCUUUGGCUAUAUUAUUGCAAAGCAAGGAUUCGCCAAACGAGAGGAAUCGUUAUCAAUUGGAGGCCAAUCGAUCGCGUGAUGAUCAGCGGAGGGUAGGAGAAGCCCGGCGUCGAAUUUUGGAUUCAAAUGCCUAAAUAAGCUUUUAAUAUUGAUGUUGUUGGUAUUCAUGGAAAUACAUUGAUUGGAAGGCACAGCGGUCUGUUUGUAGUUUCUUUCCCAGUCACCAACCCCAACCCCAAAUGUCUGGCCCGCUUGUGGCACACUCCAUAGACGUUAAGCCCCCUUUCAAAAUGCACAUAAAGAACCCGAGAAAUCUAAUGUAAAAUCAAUAAUAAUUACGCCGAGUAGGCCAUCGGCGGUUGUGUCACGUCAACCGACUUGGACACUUGUUGCAUACGAAAACAGGAGGAAGUCCGCUGCAGUUUUGGCUCGCGAGCGUCGACGUCUAAGUGUCAGCUGAGAUACAAGAUACCAGAUACUAAAAUACUCAGAUACACAGAUAAACAGAUACUUGCCUGCUGGGUUGGUGGUCAAACAGACGGACGAACUCAGCUCCAACAUGUGCAGCGUGCAACGUGCAACGGCAAACAAUUAGGGCGACGUGUGGCAGAUGUUUUUCCUGUUCGCAAGCAGGACUCUUAAAAAAUCAGAGGGAUGUGCGGAGAAGUGGCUACAAUAACAAUAACAAGCCAGUUCACCAGGCAAAACUACCUGCCGUCGUUGUUGUCCUUUCACAAACUGAAAAUAAAAUAAAAACCCAUACAAUGCCCA